AUGUCGUUGCACUCUCGCACCACGUCCUCGACAUCAACGCGCGCCGUGAAAGCACACAAUGAUGUCAUGCUCACCCGCCAACUGCUGCAAACUGUUCUCCACGACUUGUCUCGGCGACUACUCAAGUGCUUCGGACGCCAAGUGCGCCUUGUUGUUCACGGUGGCGCUAUAAUGGUACUUCAUCCACGACUGGGAUGCAGGCCCAGCACGCGUGACGUGGACUACAAUCACCGCUCCUUUGUCCUCGAAUGGCAGCGUCUUGGGGUUUACGAUGCUGGAGCUCGACUUCAGGCAUGUAUAUCUGCAACCGCGUCUAAGUUUGGGUUAGGCGCAGAUUGGAUGAACGCUUGUGCAGACGUCGCGCUUCCCAUGUCCACAGAUGCAUACGGAAACCUUUAUGACCCCAUCUACACAGAUGCGGUCAGUGAGCAGAACAUGCGCAUUAACACCAUCUACACAUCUUCCGGGCUUGUUCUCGUUGGCGUUAGCUGGAGCUGGGCCAUUGCUCUGAAACUCGUACGCUACCAAAAGGACGAUCCUUAUGACAUCGCGAAUAUCCUCCUGCUAGGACGCCGACAGCGCGGCGUACAGUGGACGUGCCAGCUGCUGGAGCAGUGGCUCGUCAGUAUGUGUGGUGCGAUGGGAUACCAGUCCUAUCCGUCUUGGCAGAUGAAGACAACGCGAGAGCGAAUGGACCAUGCGAUCCGCCUGGCACAGACGGUGCUCGCAUAG